AAAUGAAAUUUUCUACCAUAGCCAUGGUUCCUGAAAUAAUGAUCACGGAUGAGAAUGCUCCACUAUUUGACCUGGACUGGUUGAAUAGUACAGCAGAACAGAUAAAUUUGGCGGACGGCAAAAUAGACAAAUUCUUAACAGAGAUAAACAAAACGUUAGCGCAUAGGAUGCGUGGUGAAUUUACAAAUAAAUAUCGUCAGCAAGCUGUUUUUGAACUCCUUGGACAGGAUUAUACAAAGGUUCAUUUCCCACACCAUGAGUUUGCCCCUGAGCUUAUUCGUCCUCCUCAGUUUCCUCCAAAUAAACGUGAAGAGUUGAUGGCGGAGAUGCGAACUCUUCUAGAUGAACAGAUUACAGAGAGUUUACAGGAGCUAGGAUAUCCAACAGAUAUAUCCACCUACCAGGAUGAUACCCGUUACUUUCAGUCCUCUCUAGGCUACUUUCAGUCCUCUCUAGGCUACUUUCAGUCCUCUCUAGGCUACUUUCAGUCCUCUCUAGGAUACUUUCAGUCCUCUCUAGGAUACUUUCAGUCCUCUCUAGGCUACUUUCAACUUCAGGAGUUCGACAGAGAUGGUGAUGAUAUGUAUGAUACUCCUGAUAAAUCAUCUAUUCAAGGUUCAAGAGAUGGUGAUGAUAUGUAUGAUACUCCUGAUAAACCAUCUAUUCAGGGUUCAGGAGAUGGGGAUGAUAUGUCUGAUACUCCUGAUAAAUCAUCUAUUCAGGGUUCAGGAGAUGGUGAUGAUAUGCUUCAGGAGAUGGUGAUGAUAUGUAUGAUACUCCAGAUUAACCAUCUAUUCAGGCUUCAGGAGAUGGCUUCAGGAGAUGGUGAUGAUAUGUAUGAUACUCCUGAUAAACCGACUAAGCUGAAGUUUAGACAAAGUGAUGUGAUUGGAGAAGCUCUGUGUGCUGUUAUAAUACGGGAUACUACUGCAAGAGAAACCUUACUUGAAAGUUUCCGGGAGAAGUGUCUUAUGUUUCCUAACCCACUCAGGAAGUUUUUCUGGGAAGGAUUUAUCGGUGAGAGUGAGGAGAAGGAUACGGGGAAGAAAAAAUCGAAAAAGAAAGCUGCACGAGAUUUCAAGGCUGAGAUAAAGAAGAAGCUGAAGGGUGGAACACAGCGAGCAGUUCAGAGUUCAGAUUACAAGAAUAUAUACAGUGCUGUUAUAGAUACCUAUCACAGUAAUAAUAUUCUCAAAACAUAUUCAGAGGACACCCACAUGCUGCAGACCGCCCACAUCAUCAACAUCCUCAACGUUGUGGACAAGGAGUACACCAACGCCCAGAUAUAUUGGGCUCUACCAUUCCAAAUUCUUUAUGAAAAGGGUGAAGAGACUAGAGAGAACGAAGAGAAACAGAUGAUUGAAAUUUCGUCUUUUCUCGAGAAAUUCUGUAGACAUGCGCCUCUAUCUUUCAAGGAUGUCAGUCAGGUCGCUGACAAGGUACUGGCUGAACUAAAGGUAGAUGAAGAGCUGUACAACGGAGUAGUUAAACCACUUGAUCAGAGUAUUCAUGCUUCAGGAUUAUUGUUCUCCAUUGUUCCUGAAAUCCUGAUAAAGGAACAUCCAAACAAAGCAGAAAAAACCUGGAACGAACUAAAGAAGAAGAAGAAGAAAGAAUGGAAACCAAAGGACCACGAACAUUUUGGAAAACUGGAUCUUUGGAUUCGUAAGUGGAUAUCUGAGGGGUUUGUUGGUGUUCUACCCUAUCCUGUUAUUUUCUAUAUAUGGGAUGUGCUAUUCCUCUAUAACUGGAGCGAAAAGGCGUUUAUUGCUCUUUCUGUGAUGAUCUUUCGCCUUAUAUCUCCUUGGUUCAAGAAUGCUAAAAAUAACAGGGAAGUAGUAGAUGUACUGCUGGAGGAACCAGGGAAACUGUAUAUACAGGAUAUCCGGUCUGCACUGCUUCUUCUUAGGGAGGAGGGUUGUAUGAAUACAGGCCUGGUAUCUCUUGAUGUACAGAAACAGCUGACCCUGCUCAACACUAACUGUGAGAUAAUGGAGACCGCAGAGGAGCCUACUGAUAAGGUAGGAGAACCUUCUGCUCAGGAGGAAGGGGCUGAAAAAGAAGAAGGCGCAGAAGGAGAAAAAGAGGAAAAGAAAGAAAGAGAAGAAGGGGAAAAGAAAGAAGAAGAAGUGGGUGGUGAAGAUAAAAAAGAAGAUGAAGAUGGAGAGAAGAAAGAAGAGGGUGAGGAAAAGAAAGAGGAGGAGGAGGAUAAAGAGGAAGAUAAAGGUUUAGUUGAGCAAAUUGUUGAUGCUGUGUUUUAG